CUCCCCUUUGUGUUUCCCCACGCAGGCACCAUGGUCAGUAAGGAACCCGGCAAAUGCACGCUGGCCACGCCGGAGAGCGACGCGGAGCCCGCCACCUGCCUGGCCCUGGAGAUGAGGUACGCCCUGGACCCCGACCGGCAGAUCAAGAAGCGCAACAAGGCCCUGCAGGUGCGGUUCAAGGACAUCUGCGAGGCGCAGAGCGAGCAGAGGGACCCGCAGCCCGGCCCGGGCGCGCCCAGCGAGCGGCGUGAGCCCAAGCCCGCGGCCCACCGCGCCGCCUACCGCAAGUACAUGACGGUGCCCGCGCGCAGGUCCAUCCCCAACGUCACCAGGAGCACAGGCGUGCAGACCUCGCCGGACCUGAGAAAGUGCUACCAGACCUUCCCUCUGGACCGCAAAAAAGGGAGCCUCAAGGGCAUCCCGGCUGCCGAGGCCUUUAAGAGCCAGGACAAUGGUUUCGUGAUGGAUGCCAAGGCGCGGGAGGGGGCCCGGUGGGGCGGCCGCGUGCAGACCACGGCCGCCUUGGUGUUGCGCUCCGAGGAACACGUGAACGCAAUGGGCCCGACGGGGGCCAACUGCGCGGAGCCCUGCAGGCCCCCCGAGGCCCACAGCUGCCGGGACGUCCCCCCGCAGAGAGCCUCCCGGGCCGCCCCCCAAGAGCCGGACCCCCAGCUGCACCGGAGAGCAGAGCUUGACCCCAGCACCCCGGACACAGAGGAACCCACCCCGCUGGCCCCCGGGAGGGUGUUCAAAACGGAGGUGGCCACCGUUUACGUGCCCGCCCCCGGCGGAAGGGCCUCCGAGCCGACCUUGGUGGACUCGCCCGCGGACAGCCGGGGGUCCCUGAGCCCAGCGGCCAGCGAGGCGCGCAAAGGGGCAGCGCAUCUCAAUGGGCUCCAGGCGCCCCCGGGUGCGGCGGCCGCCUGCUCGCCCCCGAUGCAGUGCCUGUCCCCCGAAUGUAGUGAGCAGACCCUGCAGACUCGAGCCCCUCCGGGCGAGGAGGGCCAGCUCUGCGGGGCGGACGUGGCCACCGGGGAGGAAUGCCAACAAAUCGUGCCUCAUACAGAAGUGGUGGACCUGAAAGCACAGCUGCAGGUGAUGGAGGGCCUGAUCAGCUCCAGCCGGGAGACCAUCAAGGUGCUCCUGGGCGUCAUCCAGGAGCUGGAGAAAGGAGAGGCCCACCGGGAAGGGCUCUCAUAUCGGACUGGGCAAGACACAGCUAAUUGUGACACAUGCAGGAACAGUGCAUGUAUUAUCUAUAGUGUGGAGCUAGAUUUUAAGCAGCAAGAAGACAAACUCCAGCCAGUUCUGAGGAAACUCCAUCCUUUUGAGGAAACUCAGGUCGCACCUUCGCCUUAUUCUCAGGAGACUUACUCCGCAACCCCCAGGCAAAAAUCCAAAACUGAAUCUAAAAAGCACGGAAGAUGGAAACUCUGGUUCCUUUAAAACCCGCGGUGUGUGGCGCCGACGGGCCGUCUUGAAAAGCCACUGGAGUUCAGUAAGUCCUUUUCCCAAAUGAACAGGAUCGAGUAAGCCGUGGCUGGCGCGGGGCCACGCAGCCCUCACCUGCGUACCAAAAAGGCCUUUGCACUAACAGGUCAUCCACCGCAGGUGUGCUGAGUCACGCCCGCGAGGGUGUGCCCUGCAGCUCACGGACCUGGGAUGUAAAACCUGAAACGAAACUUCCGUAGUCAAAGAUGCUAGGAGCGCCAGCCCCCCUCAGCUCGGCGAGCAUCGUGUCUCUGGCCUGCAGAACGGCAGGCGGCCACUUACACAGCGAAAACUCAUACUUCCUUUCAAGCCUUUAUUUUUGUUGAAAUACGGAGAAGAAAAAGCAAGCCUUAUGUUUGCAAAGGACUUCAUUUUUACGUUUAAUUUUGCAAAUAAGCAGGGGGCGAGUGCGAUUUUCAGCACAUCAAAUUCUGGAGAAAGCACAAUUUUUUCAAGUGGUCGGAGACCAUGAAUAAUCUCUGCACCGUGACUCUCUGUAUAUUUGCCUUCAUGUGCUGUAGCGCUACGCCGAGUGACCACGUCUCAGUGUCACGUGACGCCCCCGGCCCCUCCCCCUGCCCAUCGCCAACCCUGCAACACGUUUACUGCUACUUUCCAAACAGGCAGCAGCCCGGAGCCCCCAGCCGUCGGGACAAGCCUUCAGUCCCUGCGAGCUGGCAGGGGCAGAGCAAUCGGACACUAAGCUUUCUUUGAUCUCAUUUUUAAUCUUUCAGUACCCAAAGGCCAAAUGAUAAAUCCUGGCGAGAAUCUGGAAACACACAGAUGAGACACACAACGGAGAACACGUCGCCGAUACAUCAGCGGGGCUGCGGGCCGCUGGGCGGUGUUUCUGUGGCUCAGCCCCGGCGACAAGGGUCACCGACCUUCCACACCGCCCCUUCCGCUUGUGACGACUGCGGGCAACCUGCCCCUCGAAGAGGAACAGCGUGUCCAGGUGAGCUGCUGCCAACGAACUUAACGUCUCCUCCAUUUAACCUACUCGUAAGUUGUACUAAACGACAUCCCUAGGGCAAAGCUGUGAAUCAAAUGUUUUUAGGUCUUUUUUAAAUAAACAGUGACUCUUCGGGUCUCUUUUGGUCACACAUGGCAAUAUAAAUCUUAGUUCCUUUAUUUUUUCACUCAUUCCUUUGCAAGUAUCUUUUUUAUAGAAAUCAACAGCCCC